AUGGAGCGCCUCUCCACCAGGAUGAUCUUCAUUGUGGCCUUUCAACUGGGGUUGGUUGCUGGGUCCGGCCCCCAUGAGUUUGGACGGCUGUCUCGGGGAGCCACCAACCUUCGGGCCCAGAAGGAGCCUGCGAAUCCGCUAAAGCCUUUCCCUCUCGUGACGUCCGUGGGCAUCCAGGACAGUAAAAAGCUAAACAAGACCUGCUGCCUGAAUGGGGGGACCUGCAUGCUGGGCACCUUCUGUGCCUGCCCUCCCCACUUCUCAGGACGCAACUGUGAGCAGGAUGUUCGCAGAUGGAACUGUGGGUCUGUGUCUCACGGCGCCUGGAUGUUCAAGAAGUGUUCCAUGUGUCGAUGCUGGGAGGGCCAGUUGCACUGCUUGCUUCUGCCUGAAUGUGGUUCCCUUGUUAUAAACGAGCAUCUUGAAGCUUCCAGGACUCCAGAGUUAGCGCCGUCAUCAUACACCACCCUGGUGCUGGUUGGCAUCUGCCUUUCUCUGCUAUUCUAUUAA